AUGGCUCUUGGAGUGCUUAAUUCGCAAGUGAAAAGUUCCCUGAGUGGGAGUGCAUUUUUUGACCGCGGUUCUAUAGAGGAAAAGGAACCCCCACCUCCACUCCGUAGCUACCUUUGUUUGACUAUUUUAACCUGCUUUUGUCCUGCAUACCCCGUCAACAUCGUGGCCCUGGUCUUCUCUAUCAUGUCUAGGAACAGCUAUUAUCGUGGUGACUAUGACGGGUCGAGGCGGCUGGGCAGGAACGCUCUCUAUGUUGCAGUUGCCUCCAUCAUCAUCGGCCUUCUCAUCAUUGCCAUCUCCUGCAUCGUUCAUUUUACCACUCUUGAGUUUUAGUGCUGUCGAAGUAGAGAGUGGGGCAGAAGAGAAUAAGACACUUGAACAGAAACCUCUGGAUGAAGAGGUCUGGAUGGGCUCAGGUGGUUGUUUCGUAUUGCACCAUCUGCCAGUGAAAGGACUCGACUCAUGUUUACUUCACUCUGUACGUCACUUCCUCUCAUGUUGUGUCUUCUUCAUGUGAACAAUCAAGGACUACAAAAUCUGGUGAAUGUAUACGUUUCAGUUAAUAAUGCCAACAAUGCUUUGAACUAAGAAGGCAGCUUUCUACAAAUGUGUGGAGGAAUUAAGGGUUUACAGCAAAUUUUCGUUAGGCUGUCACCCCAAUAAGAGAAAAAUGUAUAACAAAUUCAAUAACAAAAAGAAGAGUGAUUGAUUAAUGGUUUUACAAAAGAAAAAGAAACAAUAACCACAUUUAUGUUCUUAAGCUUUAUUAGAAAUAUUCAGUA